AUGGGAAAAAGUGGGUCAGGAAAGACCUCCAUGCGAAGCAUUAUAUUCCAUAAUUAUGUCGCGAGAGAUACACGCCGUCUUGGUGCAACGAUUGAUGUAGAAAAUUCUCGUGUUCGGUUUCUUGGUAACUUGGUCCUAAAUUUAUGGGAUUGUGGCGGUCAAGAAACUUUUAUGGAAAAUUACUUUGCUUCUCAACGCGAACAUAUUUUUCGUAACGUUGAAGUACUUAUCUACGUUUUUGACGUAGAAUCUAGAGAGAUCGAGCGAGAUAUGCAUUAUUACCAAGAUUGUCUCGAAGCGAUAUUGGCAAAUUCAAAGGAUGCAAAGAUUUUUUGUUUGAUACACAAGAUGGACUUAGUACAGGAAGAAUUAAGAAAUCGAGCUUGGUCUUCAAUAGUCCAUUCUUUAAUUCCAAAUGUAAGAGUGCUCGAAUCACACCUUCAAAAUUUUGCCACAAUAUGUGAAGCUGAUGAAGUUGUGUUAUUUGAGCGAACCACAUUUUUGGUUAUUUCUCAUUCUACACGGAUCGAACAUCCUGAUGUGCAUAGUAAAGCUCAAGCUCAAUUUAGAAGCAUGGAAAUUCGACAGGCGAAUUUUGCCGCAUUUUUUGACAUCUUAACCACAAACACUUACGUUAUGGUUAUUAUGUCCGAUCCAACCGUUGCUGCAACCCAGAUGAAUAUAAGCGUUGCAAGAAAGCACUUUGAAAAGUUGGAAGUAGCACAUAUAGCGCGAUGA